AUGUCCCCUCUACUCUGGAGCAGCAGGACGCUGCCUGUCAGCCUCUAUGAGAAAUUCCUGUUGAGGUUUGGGCCUCAGUCUAUUCAGACACUUUUCCUCCUCUCCCCUGUAGGUCUGGUUUAUCCCACAGAGUCCAAGUUCAUCAGCCGUCUGAGAGAGAUGGAGAAGACAAAUAAGCAGGAGUCCAUCCCUCUCAUUCCAAGCACUCUCCAUGAGCUUGACACCAUGAUGAAGCUGUGCUGUCACAACCCUCCCAACCUCCCUCGGCAGAUCCUGCGAGGUUUCCUGGCCAACAGGAUCCCAGACAACGACUUCUAUAAAGAAGGUCAGUCUUUAUGUUUUUACCCUCAGUCAAGAUCAUUACAGAGCCAUUUGAAGGGGAUUUUAUCCCAGGCCCCAUGCCAAGUCUUUUGGCUCUUUGUCUCUCAGGUCCUGGAUGUUUCAGGAGCCGCUGUGAUCCAGAAGGAGCUGCCACUUUGCCAGGUGGACAUUUUGGAUGACUGCGGCCAUUCUGUUGCCUUGGAGAGGCCAGGAAGUAUCGCUAAACUCAUGAUGGACUUUGUGAUGAGUUAA